UCUCCGGAUUAUCUCUAUCCCGAGGAAGCUCGUAUCCAAGAGAGUUCCCGGUCUUCCACCAUGAAUCCUGUUUACAGCCCCGUCCAACCUGGGGCUCCCUACGGAAACCCGAAGAACAUGGCCUAUACAGGUUACCCAACAGGCUAUCCCACUGCUGCUCCAGCCUACAAUCCCAACAUGUAUCCAACCAGCAGCCCCGGCUACGCCCCAGCCACACUUCUGAUGAAGCAGGCCUGGCCCCAGACCUCCUCGUCCUGUGCCACCGAGGGCACCUUCCACCUCCCGGUGGACACCGGCACCGAGAACAGAACCUACCAGGCUUCUUCUGCAGCAUUCAGGUACACUGCGGGGACUCCCUACAAGGUGCCACCGACCCAGAGUAACAAUGCCCCUCCUCCCUACUCGCCGUCUCCGAACCCCUACCAGACCGCGAUGUACCCCAUCAGAAGUGCCUACCCACAGCAGAACCUGUACACCCAGGGAGCUUAUUACACCCAGCCCGUGUACGCGGCCCAGCCUCACGUCAUCCACCACACCACGGUGGUGCAGCCCAACAGCAUCCCCUCGGCCAUCUACCCGGCCCCGGUGGCCGCGCCCCGCACCAACGGCGUGGCCAUGGGCAUGGUCGCUGGCACCACCAUGGCCAUGUCAGCAGGAACCUUGUUGACCACCCCCCAACACACUGCCAUCGGAGCACAUCCAGUGUCCGUGCCAACGUACAGGGCUCAAGGAACCCCCACCUACAGCUACGUACCUCCACACUGGUAAACCACUGGGCAAUCCAUAUCCGGAGUCAAACAUUGUAUGCAACUACACAAGUCUUACAUCGGUGCUGCGGCCGCUGGGCUGCAGUGCCUCGUCUGUUUGCAAGAACAAAAGAAAAAAAAAAGUGCAAAGGUCACUUUAUGCAUUCUUUAGUGGUUUUUGUAAAAGCUGCUUUUUCUAAUCUUCUGCCUCUUUUUUUCCCCCUUCCUCCCCCUCCCACUUGAAUUGUGUAACACACAUACUGACACUGAGCAAUAGUCAAGUUCUCUCUUUGGUCCUAUCAUUUGAAAGCUCAGACUCUUCACUUUUCCAGCAUUGCCCAGCUGAGUGGUGCAAAGAUCCCCCCACUUCUUGUUCGUUUGGGUUCUUUUUGUUAUUUUUCUGUUGUCGUUGUUGUUGACAAGAGCCUAGAUUUUUUUUUUUUUGGCUAGUAAGAGUGGUUGAUGUUCAGGGUACUAUGUGAAAAGCACAGCGCUGGUAGGCAGGCUUAUUCUGAUUUGGUUUGGGUAUUUUUAGUUGAAGAAUAUAAAUUAUUCAAUCUUCCAUAACAUAUUACAAGAAAAUUGGUGUCUUCCAGAUAGCUGUCGUGAUAGAUUAUAAAUGCAUUAUCUGCAGUGGAAUUCUGAACUCAUCCCUUCUUUUUGUAGGAGUAAGAGAAUAUAAAUAUAAUUAGCGAUGUAACACACUUGUCUUAGGAAGCAUGAGGACUGGUCACCAGCGGGUCUUUGGUCUGCUUUUUCCAACUGGGCAAACGGAUCAUCAGUGAUGGGAAGGGAGGAGCAGGAAGAUGAGUGCCCUGGGAGCAUCUGGAACCUCUUGGGAAAACAGGAUGCUCUCCCUCAGCCACA